AUGAUCGACCUGCUGUGCAAUCGCCUGUUUCACUACUCGCAUCUCCGCUCGAGGUCCUAUGUGCUGCAGACCGUUCGGUUCAAUGCCUUCCGCUCCCUCGAGCAAUGGUACAGGCUGGGGUGGACCGUAUCCACCAAAGCCCACAUCGAGCAAAUAGUGUACGCCACCGACGUUGACAAUAUUGACGCAAUGCACAAGUCCGCCAAAUCUGCCGUUGCAGGGCUCAAAAACUCGCGAGCCUGCCAGAAUGACGUCGAACCCCAGCGACAGAAGGACCGUAUUAAGCAAUUGGUUCGUCUCAAAGCACCAACCACCGCGGCGGUGGCGAACGAUCUUCUCAAAAAGACGCGUCGGCGAAACACUGAGUCCCUUGUGCCAAGAGUAAUGAGCCUGAAGAUUCUCAUAAGGCACGCUGACAAGAUGAUGCUUCUUGAGUAG